AUGAAAGGAGAAGACAGACAUGGCUACGGUAUCUAGAUAUGGCCAGAUGGAGCUAAAUAUGAAGGUUAAUGGGUGAGCAACAAAGCAGAGGGUAAGGGUAUCUUCUGGCAUGCAGAGGGAGAUGUUUACGAUGGCGAGUUCAUUGAUGAUAAGGCUAAUGGUUAUGGUGUUUACACUCAUGUGAAUGGCUCUAGGUAUGAGGGUUAAUGGAAAGAUGAUAUGUAAGAAGGCCAUGGAACUGAAAUUUGGAGUGAUAACGCCAAGUAUACUGGCAACUACAGAGAGGGUAAGAAGCACGGGUACGGAGUGUAUCACUGGGUAGAUCAGUCAAAGUACGAGGGUAACUGGGUGGAGAACAAAAUUGAAGGUUUUGGCAUUUACACAUGGCCUGAUGGUCGUCAGUACGAAGGCUACUGGGUUGAGAAUAACAUGCAUGGCUAAGGCAUAUACACUUGGAAGGAUGGAAGGAAGUACGAUGGCAAUUACUUGAUGGAUAAGAAGCACGGAUUCGGGAUAUACUUCUGGGCUGACGGGAGAAAGUACGAAGGCAUGUGGGAAAAUGGGAAAUAACACGGAGAGGGAAAAUACACUCAAGCUGAUGGGAAGUCAAGAAGAGGACUCUGGAAAGAUGGCAAGAGGUUGAAAUGGCAGGAUGAAGAUUCUUAAUAAAGUUAACAAGCUUCUGGAGGAAGUGCAAGUAAUAACAAUAGAGGAUUCUCUCCAAUUAUGGAGGACUAGCUUGAAGAAUGA